UUACCAACGCAUACUGGGCCGCAACGAAACAAUUUCCAUAUUACGUAACAGUCCGCCCAAAAAACACAGAAAAAUACUCGGUUCAAUCGCUUUGUGGUGGUGCACUCAUUAAAAAAAACUAUGCUAUAAUAAGUAACAGCUGUAAAUUGGACAAGAAUGACAGCUAUGUUGCUUUUGAUUUUUUUGAUACUUAUACUAAAGGAGAAGGUUCAAAAUUAGUUGCCAUCAAUAAAAUCGUUAGACCAACACAACAAAUAGAGAAUAACGUAGCUUUAUUGCAGUUGAAGGAAGAAAUGGAACUCAACGAUUACGUAAAUGUUGUAUCGUUGCCCACAGCUAAUGCAAAUGUUGAAAUGAAAAAAGACAGUUUAUUUAUAACAUGGAAUUCAUAUGUCUACUUUAUUAAAUGGUAUUAUGCAAUAUAUUACAAUAAAGCUCAAAUCCUGAACGAAGGGUCUUGCGAGGAGAUUUUGCAGACUAAGAUGUCGACAUCGACAUUUUGCAUCCGAGGCUUUCUCGAGUUAGACUCUCCCCCGAAUCCCCCUGGCGCAAUAUUGAUUCAAACUUAUGAUUACCGGCCCGUGUUGGUUGGAAUCGCUGGUUCAGAUGGAAGAAUUUUCACAAAGGUUUCGUCGCAUGUCGAUUGGAUAUUAAGGGAAAUGGAAGCCAUGGAGAACCAGCGCAACAAUACGUCGUUUGGUCCAUCAGUCAAAAUUGAUACAGGGCAACAGUGA